AUGGACGGGGAGACAUUGGUCGAGCUCCAUGAUAACUGGGAUGCUGCCCUUGUAGUGAACGACAGCAAGAUUCGCAAGAAAUUCCAUAUCUCAUCCCAAAUAUUGAGCGCUGCAUCGCCAUACUUUAAGCGUCUUUUGACUUCUGACUUUUCCGAGGGUCUUGAUGUCCAGAGAGGGCUACGUCCGGAGAUUAUACUGGAGGGAGACAGCCCUGAUGCCAUGGAAAUCGUCUUGUCAAUUCUACACUAUCGAUUCCAUAACGAUUGGUUUGCCCUGGGCGCCAGGGAUAUUGCACUAGUCGCAAGGUGCUGCGACAAGUAUGACUGUACUGAAGCCCUUAGAAUGUGGAUUUCCCACUGGCUCAAGACACAGUGGUUUUGUGAGACCAAGGAUUUCGGUUACAUGCUGGUUGCGUAUUCGGCGCUGCGUAAGCACCAACUGUUAGUGAGGAUGGCCAAGACUGCAAUUUUCCAACUUCCAGUUGACUUUGACUUCAACCAAUGGACCCAAGAUGAAGUCAUUGCCGAUUUGCCAGCAGAGAUAGUUGAUCAUAUAUCCUCAAGAAUCAACCAAGUUUCACACCGAUUAUACAAUUCCCUUACCAAAAAAAUAACAGACUUAAGCACCUACGAUGUUAUCUGCAGGAUGCAUAGGGCGCGGUGCAGCAGUUGUUUGUCCCUUAUAGACACCAAACGGCAGGCAAUUUGCAAGACUCCGGCGUGUGCACCAGGCAAAGGUAAAACUUCUCCUGCCAUGUUGCAAAUGUUUUGCACACAAGAACACCGAGUUGGAGAGUUCCUUCAAAUACUGAACAAAAAUUCUCUUUUGCCUAUCAACGAGGCCUUUGAGGGAUCCACCAUUGCUAUGCUUGAUAGUCAACUUGGGAGGGUACAGCAGACUGUCGUCCACCCGUGCGCUCUGCAACACAACUGCCCGUUGAGAAAGGCAUUGGAUGAUUUGGAAGCUGAAUACACAGCUGCCAUGCAGCUGGCGCGGGAAGACCUUCGACUUGAUCCCGAGACAAAUGUCGAGGCUGACUAG